CACACAGCAAUGGCCGAUAACUCAGGGCUGACUGGAGCUCCGCUGGGGAUAGCAAUAGCCGUAAUAUCAAGCUUUAUUAAUGGCUCGACAUUUGUGCUUCAGAAAAAGGGAAUACUGCGUUCUCGUGACAAAGGCGGCGCAGUCAGAGGUCAUUCAUGUCUUGCAGGGUGUUCGUACCUUACAGAUGUGGUGUGGUGCAGUGGAACGCUGUGCAUGAUCAUUGGUCAAGUUGGGAAUUUCCUGGCGUAUAACCUGGCCCCUGCUGUGAUUGUUACACCUUUAGGGGCCCUUGGAGUACUGUUUGGAGCAGUCCUGGCUUCUUGGAUCCUGGAGGAGCGUCUAAACGUCCUGGGGAAGCUCGGCUGCAUCAUCUGCUGCUGCGGCUCCGUCGUGCUCAUCAUUCAUGCCCCUAAAGCGGUGGCAACGUCCAGGCAGGAGCUUGAAGACGGACUGUCAGAUCCAGUGUUUGUAACCUACAUCCUGCUUGUGGUGCUGACCCUGGUCGCCCUGAUCGUGUGGGUCGCUCCAGCUCACGGGACGUCCAACAUCAUGGUGUACGUCGCCAUAUGUUCGCUUCUGGGAAGCUUCACCGUCCCAAGCAGCAAAGGACUCGGCCUGGUGGCUCCUGAUGUGUUCGGCGAAGGACAGUCAAGCGUCGGCACCGUGGCUCUCUUCCUUGGCCUGCUGGGGGCGCUGGCGGUCAGCAUACUGAUCCAGUUCUUCUUCAUCAAUAAGGCCUUGGAGUGCUACAGCUCCAACAUAUUUGAAGCGAUAUACUACGUGACGUUCACGUCCACCGUGAUUUUCGCUUCUGCCCUUCUGUUCAAGGAGUGGAUGGGACUCACGGUCACCGACAGCUUCGCCAUGCUCUGCGGCCUGACAACGGUGUGCGUGGGAGUGAUACUCCUUCGAAUCUCCCAGGAAGCUGUGAUUACCUGGAAGGAGAAAAAGGAAGGGAAAAAGACAGACUAAUUGUGCUAUGGUGCUUUUUUUUUUUUGUUUUUGCAGGACACAGACUCUGUUGCUCUGCACUACCUCCCCUUUAAAUGACCAAAGCUGUGAGAUGAAACAGUCAGCCGUGACCUUUGACCACAUAAGUGUGAGGAGGAAAGCAUUGAUUACAUUGUGAGCAUUUUAACGGACAGCGGGUGGGAUUUGUUAGGGAGCAAAAUGGCGUUCUGUACAGGAAUACGGAAGUGUAGGGACUUUAUACGGUGCCUUGCAGAAGUGGUGAUGUAACUAGAAUUUUAUUACUUUUUAAUAGAGCACAACCACAAACUUCUAUGCAUUUUAUCGGCUAGACCAAUGUAGAGUAAUGCAGCAUGCGGAAGAGGAAAAAAGAUGUUUUAUGAUCACACGUGACAUACUCUCCACCCCUCUAACUCAAUGAAUCAUGAUGGUGCCACUGCCUUGUUUUACUAAGGGUGUGGCUAUUUACACAAAUAAAAAUCAAAGGGUUGUGCCUUUUUAUGAAACCCAUACGGGUCUCUUGUAGGGGUGCACUGAGAAAUCGGCUCAAAUUUCCUUCGUUUUGGCAAAUUGUCAAUCGUUUGAUAUUUACAAGCGAAAUAGAGCUGGACAAUAGACCAAUAACAAUAUAUAUACAAUGUGAUCAAUAUCAAUACAUAAUACGUCUUUUAAUAGAAUUUUCAAUAAUGUCACUGAAUUCUGAUCCAGAACACAGCAUUCUGGGGGAUGUAGGCCGAGGAAAGGCUUUAGCCGCUCAACCUCUCUCAGUCUAGCUAAGCUGGGCCGGUGGCAUCAACUAACUCACACAUUCUUUGGUUAUCUGGCAACAGCCAUAUUUUUUGCUUAAAAAAAGGUUUGAAAAUCAUGUGUCAUUUUCCUUCCACUUAACAUAAGUCGGUCUAAAUACUAAUAUUUAGUAUUAAAAGCUC